GAGUUAUCCGCUACUGGCCGGGGAGUUUUCCAUGGAAUUGAAAACUUCAUCAAUGAAGCAUCUUACAUGAUUAUUUUAGGAAUGACACCAGGGUUUGGAGACAAAACUUUUGUUGUUCAGGGAUUUGGGAAUGUGGGCCUGCACUCUAUGAGAUAUUUACAUCGUUUUGGUGCUAAAUGUGUUGGUGUUGGUGAAUCUGAUGGGAGUAUAUGGAAUCCAGAUGGUAUUGACCCAAAAGAACUGGAGGACUUCAAAUUGCAACAUGGAUCAAUUCUGGGCUUCCCCAAGGCAAAGCCCUAUGAGGGGAGCAUCUUGGAGGCUGACUGUGACAUACUGAUCCCUGCUGCCAGCGAGAAGCAGCUGACCAAGUCCAAUGCACCCAGAGUCAAAGCCAAGAUCAUUGCUGAGGGUGAUUGGCCGACAACUCCAGAGGCCGAUAAGAUCUUCCUGGAGAGGAACAUUAUGGUGAUUCCAGAUCUCUACCUGAACGCUGGAGGAGUCCCGGUAUCCUACUUUGAGUGGCUGAAGAAUCUAAAUCAUGUCAGCUAUGGCCGUUUGACCUUCAAAUAUGAAAGGGAUUCUAACUACCACUUGCUCAUGUCUGUUCAAGAUUUGGAAAGAAAAUUUGGGAAGCACGGUGGAACUAUUCCCAUUGUGCCCACGGCGGAGUUCCAAGACAGGAUAUCGGGGGCAUCAGAGAAAGACAUCGUGUGCUCUGGCUUAGCUUACACUAUGGAGCAUUCCGCCAGGCAAAUCAUGCGCACGGCCAUGAAGUAUAACCUGGGUUUAGACCUGAGAACGGCUGCCUAUGUCAACGCCAUUGAGAAAGUCUUCAAGGUGUACAAUGAAGCCGGUGUGACCUUCACCUAGAUGAGUGUGGCUGACCUCUUCACUGCCCUCUUCCCUCUUCAUCUGCAGACCCUUCACAAGUUUACAUGUAACCACAGGAAUAUCUCUCUCUCUGUCUCUCUCUCUCUCUCUCUCUACUUAAUAGAUAAUGGACAUCAUUCUCAACAAGUCAGUCCAAAUCAGCCCCUUUGAGGAAAAAGAAAUUAAGGUUAGGGGAUCAUGUACAAGCUAAAGAAUAUGAAUAAGAAUACGAACAUAGAAAUUACCUAAGCCAGAGAGCCAUUUGGGUAUUUUGCCUUUAAAUGAAAAGUCCUUUGCAUCCAGUUGCACCACCUUGCUCCACGGCCACUUCCCAGUACAGCUGUGUCGUCCAAGAGCAGUCAGUCACUUCCCACUUCAGCUCUGGACAAGUCUGAGACGUGCUGUAACUUGGACACGUCUAAGCAGCAGCUGUGUGGCAUUUUCAGAAGGUGGCAUGGUCCUCAAGUGUGUUACUGGUAUUUUUACAUCAGCAAACUAACUCAAUUUUACAAAUUGCGACAAAAAUGAAAGCUAUUUCUCUUUAUGCAUUUUAUUCUCUUAGAAUAAAAUAAGUACAUGCUGCUGUAAUAAAAUUGCCUUUAAUCACUUAACAAGCCUAACCUUGACUCAAGCAGUGAAUGCCUAUAAACAUAAUAAAUGAAAAAGCUAAGUAUUUUUAUAAUAUAAAACAGUAUCAUUUAUAGCUUAUCAAUCAUGUAUUGUCCAGCAAAAAUAAAAAGCCCGAUGGAGAAUUAAGUUAUCUUCAUAACUGCAAAUGAUGGAGGCUAUUUUUGUUAAGACUGUCAGAAUUCACUAACCACA